CUCGCCGGCCUUGGGGGGAUGGUUCCAUCAUGGCGUCAAUGCAGUUACAUGCAAUCCAGAAGCAUAUGAUUCUCCUUCUGACCUAUCAUCUCACCACAUAGGCAUUUUUAUCAUCUUCCAUCAUUAAAAAAAGAAGGAAACGACUGCAGAAAGAACUGUUGGCUUUGCAAAAUGACCCACCUCCCGGAAUGACUUUAAAUGAAAAGAGUGUUCAAAAUUCAAUUACACAGUGGAUUGUAGACAUGGAAGGUGCCCCAGGUACCUUGUAUGAAGGGGAAAAAUUUCAACUUCUAUUUAAGUUUAGUAGUCGAUAUCCUUUUGACUCUCCUCAGGUCAUGUUUACUGGUGAAAAUAUUCCCGUUCAUCCUCAUGUUUAUAGCAAUGGUCAUAUCUGUUUAUCCAUUCUAACAGAAGACUGGUCCCCAGCGCUCUCAGUCCAAUCAGUUUGUCUUAGCAUUAUUAGCAUGCUUUCCAGCUGCAAAGAAAAGAGACGACCACCAGAUAAUUCUUUUUAUGUUCGAACGUGUAACAAGAAUCCAAAGAAAACAAAAUGGUGGUAUCAUGAUGAUACUUGUUGAUGCCACUGUUAACAUCCUCCUAGCAGAAGAUAGUCCUACUGAGAAAAUGAGCACUUUGAUCAUUCAGUCUUUGAACUUUAACCUUUGACUGGAAGUGACCUAUAGGCUAUGAAGACUACUUCCUUUUUCUGCAUUUUUACUCGUGUGCAUUCUGGGCGCAUGUUGAUAGCUGGUUCAGACCAGGCAACUGACAUGCUUUUUAUUAGUCAUACAGUAUUAAUGCAGGUGUCAGGAAAUGUCAAAUAUAAUUCCAUUUUUUAUUUUUAUUUUUUUAACCUUUUGGAAGAGUUCUAGGUCCUCAUGUAUUGUGCAAUAACAAUGAUUUCCUUGACGGUUUGGGAGCGUUCAUUGCCGGCAGUGGACGUACUAACAGGAAAAAUUUUCAUUAAUUCCUGCCACCCAGUGAUUAAUGCAUGACAGGACCUAUGAAAUGAACUUAUUGGUUAUAGUGGGAUUAUAAAUAAAGUGAGGGAUCCAACAUUACUUUGAAAGUCACCCCAACUGUUUAUAUUUGGAUUCUAUGCACUGUGAUCUUAAGGUUUAACAGCAUGAAUUAACAUGCGUCUUUAAAGGACUGUAAUGAAAGAUCAUUGCGUAUUUAUUUGUUUAUAUCUGCUGUCAAAUUGUUUUGACGUGGAAGGUUUUCAAGUAACAUUGGCAGAGAGGUACAAUAUGUUAUCCCUAUGGUGAAAUAAAUUCAUUCGUUGUAUAUAGUUCCUUAAUCUCUGAAGUAAAGGUAUGAGUAAUAUAGGGUAUGAAUGGUUUAAUCAAGGGUUUGUUUUGGAAAUAAGAAAAAUGGCAGUGAUGAUUAAAUUACUGCAGUCCAUAAUUUGGGUUUGUUAUUUGUACAUUAACAGUUUUUCCAAGUAUUCCAAGUAGAUUACACUCUGUUACUUUCUGCUAGCCAUCAGCAUGAGCCCUACUGCCUAAACACUAUUUCAUUUAUUUAUGUUUGGAAAAUCCAUGAACAUUUUUUGUUUGCGAUUUUGUUUCUUUUGUUGUUUUCAGUCAAGUUUGAAUGUUACAAUACUUUAAUUGAAAAACGCUUGUUUUUUCCUGUAAAUUUUCUUUACUUGUAAGUAUCACUUUGUCUUUCAGUCCUGUACCCUAAAAAAGAAAUACAUUUUUGACAGAGGCUUAAUGUUUUAACAAAAGAGUGUGGACAUUUUUAUUUUUAAGUUUAUGCAAAAGUACACCGUAAAAUGGUAUGGUUGCUUAUUUGUCUCACACAACCAUAGUUUUUUCUGGAGGGAUUUGUUUUCUUAUUGUUUAAAGGACUUUGCUUACAGCUAGAUAAAAUUUUUCUAUAGAAAAAAAGUUGUUGAAAGGUCCAAUUCUCAGUACCGUAUAAGUUAAUGAUACUGCAACUAGGCUCUCUUUUUAAAAAAUGAUUAAUGUAUUUUAUAAAUUAUCUUUUCACAUAUGCAAGAUCUGUUUCUACUACAAUGUUAUUUUUACUAAUGCCUGUUGUUGCACCCUUUUUGACAUAUCCUGCAGUGAAUAUAUGAAUCAAUUUGGGCUUAAAAAUAAAAGCCAGUUGGCUGAAAUGUUUGAAAUACAUACCCCAGUAAAACCAUCCAAUCAAUAAUUGGCAAGAAUAUUUAAAAAUUUGUUUUUAAUCUCUGUAUAGAUGACAUUUUGUAGCUUUGUACAUGUUGUUAAUUAAGGGCAUGUAAUUUUACACUCAAAGUAUAAUUGUUGAACUCAGGGGUGGGUAGACUUCAAAAAUAUGUCUGCUGUGGAAAUAACUUGAAGAAAAAAAAAAAAACUGAAACUAUGGCCAGCCACCAAAUUGUGGACACUGUUUAUACUGAUAGUUAGCAACUACCACUUUUUAAAAAUCAAAAAUAUUUUUGUUCUAUCUUGACUAAAUACACAUAGGUUCUCACAAUAGUCAUUAUCGAUCUUAUUAGUUGGCCUAUUUAACCAAGAAAGAAAAUGUUUUUUGGAAUGCUUUGAACUACUUGGUUUUUAACUGCUUUUUAAUAUGAAAAUUGCAGCUGUAAAUUAUGUAUUUUUCAUAUUUUACAUAACUGCUCUAAACUACUGAAAUUGACUUGAUCAUUUUUGGGGGUGUGGGUGGGGGCUCUCUCUCCAUACUGCUGGUCCUCUUACUAAAAUCCUUUUAUAAAGAAAUGACCUGUGACAUUUAUUCACCAAAGGAAUUAAUAUACCAGGUCAAAGAUUAACAAUGCUAUACUAUAGAUUAAUAGAUCGUAUAUAUCCUCAGUUGAGUUUUUUUAUACAAAUAACAGUAUUUUAACAUACCUCUCUCUCUCUACUUAGAGAUACCAUAAAAUAAAUUAAAAUGAAGCAGAGAAAAGUAAAGGAAAACCAGAUAAUUUCAAUACAUUUAUGGCUUUUAAAGAGAGGAAAGUAAGAAGAAAUAUCCCUAAAAUAUAGGAACACCAGCCAUUCAAAAUUUGCAAUCAGAUAACUAACCUUAUUCAUUGCUCCCGUGAACUUAGAAAUCAUUGAAAACUCUUCUGUACUUAGAUUCAAUUGAUUUUAAAUAUAAGUUACAUUAAAAGUCAUAAGACACUUACCUGAGUCAUUGCUUUAGGGAGGGCAAUUAAUGGCUUUGUAAUAAUAAAAAUAAUAGUUCUUUGUAAUGUGUUGUCGAAUGACAACCAGAAUACCAAGAAAAUGUACAUAGCAACCACGCUACUUCCCUCCGCCCUGCAUUCCCUUUCUAGGGCCCUGUCUGCUGCCCAGGCCUACAGAAUCAUACUUUCGUAUCUAGACAAUAUGUACGCUCUCCUUUAUUUAUUUAUUUAUUUAUUUAUUUAUUUGAGGGCCAUUCUCGUUUGCCAAAUUCUGUUAACAUGAUAUGUUCAGUUCCUUAUUUUACAUGCGUAGAUCAUGAACUUGGUGCCCUUUCAAAAAAAAAAAUGUCAAGUAGGUACUAAUGCCACAGAGUAAAGAGAAAUGGUUUUCAGAUUUCUAAGAGAAAUUUUUAAAAGUAAAUUUUAUGGCUGUUCUCUUAAGGAAUUUAAUAUUCACCGCUGAAGGACUUACAUGUAGUGUGUAAAUUCCUCCAUUUAACAGGGAAAGAAAGCAUUUUUUAAUCCCCAAAAGAAAAUGCUACAAAUAGCUUUUAUAUACAGUUCAUCUGGAGAAAGAUCUUAAACCCACAUUGUUUUGACUACAUAUAUAAAUGUUUGGUAUAAAGUAGAAUAGUUUAUUACUUUUUCCUUUCUGAAAUUUUAAAUAUAUGCAAAAAUACAUAUCAUUAGAUUCCGGUGGUGGAUAAUAAUUUCUUCUGAUUCUAGAACAGGUAUCUAGUGACUACUUAAUUGUUCCCAGAUUGCAUCAAAGAUGAAUUGACAAAUAGUGGAAAAGAGUAGUGAUAUAAAAAUGGUAUGUAACUACAUAUUACUUGUUUCUCGUAAUCAAGUCUUAUUUUUUUAAAAAGUAUUGUUUUUGAGAAUUGAGAUAUUUAAAACUUGUUAAAGCUUCUUCUUGAAAUUAGAAGAGAAGAGGAGGUACUGUGUGUUCAAAACUUUUUUUUAAUAAAGGAUUCAAUGUCACUAGUUCUAAGCCUUUAUGGUUACUGCUGCUUGUAUUCUCGAUCUCACUUUCAUUUAGUUUUUGUAUAAAUUUUAGCUGAAUGCUUAAUAUUUUUUAUUUGUGUAUGUAAGUUGGUUUUCAAAAAGCUAAACCAUAUGUUUAAUUUCUGAGUAUUCAUUGUUGUCAAAUCAGCUGCUGCACUAUUCUGUGUUAUGCUAAUGCCUUUACAUGAUUAAGAUAUGUGAAGAAGAGGUCUUUUAAUCUGCACCACCUGGCCCUAAUCCUCAUUGCAGUCUUUGUUUUGUUUGUUUUCCCUCUUUUAUUUUUCUGUCUCUCACAGAUGUCCAGUGUAUCAACCUUCAGCAGUUUCCCUUUCUGAUUUCUCUGAAUUUUCCUUUCCCUCUCUCCCUCCUGCCUUCCCUCCCGCCUUCCCUCCUCCCUUCUCCUUCCCUUUCCUUUUCUUGAGUAUAAGGCAUCCAGAGGAGGAAAAUCAUUAAAAUUACAUCAGAAUUUUUUUUAAUAAGACUCCUUCCUAUAAAUACAUAUAUCUAAUACCUAAUUUCAGUUCAUCAGUAGAUGGCUAAAUGUAUUGAAUAAUUGACUACUUGAUAUAUGAACUGUUGACUAUCAUUUAAUUCAUAAAUACCAAUAUUGAGGGAAUUUUGUUCACUUUUUGGAUGGUAACUCUCCCAAAGCCAAAUUAUUACCCAAAUAAUUAAAUUAUUUAUUUUGGUAAAAGUGUUUUGCCAAGUAAGUUUUUAGACCAUUUUGAGAUUUGGAACUGUUUCCCCCCCCCAAAAAAAGUUAUUUGUAUGAGACUUUUGCUUUCUCAGCAUAAAUUGUGCAUUAAUUUAAAGACAGGCUUAUAUACAUCAUUAUCAUUAGAGGCCCAUGGACUCAAAAUAAGUAUUUCAAAAAGAUCUCUGUCCUUCAAGUUGAAGUUCUCGUUCUGACUGUGGUCCUGAUAAUUGAGGUGUUUUUUGUUAUUUUAAUUCCCAAUUGUUAGUACUGAGACCUGUAUUUGGUGGUGAAUCUUUGGAAUGAUUACAUUAAUAUCUUUUUUUUAUGAAGAGGGUUUGGUUUAUAAAACUAUAGUAUCUAAAGACAUUUUGAACAUGUGGAAGGAAUGCCUGAAUAGAAGCUGGUGUAUCUUAAUAUAACUAAGGAACUCCAGUUUUUUAAGUUGAGUGCACUUGACUGGGAAAGGAGAAACAGUCCCUAACCUCUUUUUGGCACUUAUACUAUCAUGGUUUUGAGAAAAGUUUGCUCCUACAGUAAUUUUAAGCUGUUUUCUCAAAGCGAAAACAUGGUUUUGAAACUUACUGGACUUUGGCUUGUUAGGUGUGACAUCACUUGUCAGAUAUCCUCCUACAUGGAAAGAUUGAAUAAUCCUGCCUUUCUAAUUUUAAAGCCUGAAACAAGACUAAGCAAUUUGGUAGAUUGUGUCAGUACCAUAAAAAUGCAAGUCUCUACAUAGUUAACCACAGAUUGCUAACAUAAGUGCAAAUUGAUUGUCUGGCUUGAGGUAAAAUAAUUAUUCAAAUAGAUUAUUAGGUCAGUUUUCUAGUAGCCAAGAAUUAAGUGCAUGUUCAAGUUAAAAUAGAUUUGUUAUUUUUGGUUAGUACUGUGUUUCAAUAUUCAGAAAUACAGAUUGUACAUUGUUUUAAUAGGAAUGGAAGUUUGUGCUUGAGAACUUGUAUAGGGGGGAUGUAUAUAUUUUAUAAAUUCAAGUUGUAAAAUAUGUAAAGCUACUGCUUUUUAAAUAGAAUAUAAAUGUUAAGGCAGACAAAUCUAUAUAUUAUAUAUUUUUUAAUACAUGUAUCAAACUUUUGUUAGUUGAAUAUAAAUUGUGUGCUUUAUGGCCUUCAGUAACUUUUAAUAAAGCAGUUGUCAUUGA